UGUUGGAAUUGUGGGGCUGCUCAUGGCUAUUAACUAUGGUGGUCUGGUGGGUUGCGAUUUGCGAGAGUUGAGAGUGUAGAGGUGAGGUGAGGUGAGGUGAGUGGGUCAAUAAAGUUAUCUCUACGAGAAAAAUCCACUCCCUCCCGCCUCUUCUCUUGAAUCCUUUUCUCUUUUCUUUCUCUCUGCCUGCACAAAAACUAAAAAGAAAACAAACAAAAAACAAAACAGUAGCUGUUUGUGUGAAUUGCUUUCUUUCCUUUUCUUUCUCUAGCUAUGUGGAGCAGCUUCUUCUAUGGCAAUGGAUACCCCAGAGAAGACCCAGAUCACCGCUCCUCUUUCUAAAUUCGAGGAUUCUCCUGUUUUUAACUAUAUCAAUAGUCUUUCUCCUAUCAAGCCAGUGAAGUCCAUAAACAUUGCUCAAACGUUCCACUCGCUUAGUUUUGCAUCCCUUCCAUCCGUUUUCACUUCGCCCCAUGUCAGCUCUCAUAAGGAAACUAGGUUCCUUAAAAGGCAUAACUACUCUGAUCUCUCAAAACCUGUGUUUUCCUCUGGAAAUGGGAACGAAGUCUGUAAAGAUGAAGGGGUAGUUGUAGAUGCGGCUCAGCUGUAUGAUAACUCGGCUGAGUUACAGGAGAAUUUUGAUCCUGGGAUGUCCAUUGGAGAGUCUUCAGUUGAACCUCCUAGUGAACAUUUGAAGUUCGCAAUUGAACUGCCACAAACGAUAAAAUAUGGUUGUGGAAGCCCUGACAGUCGGUGUGGUACUCAGACAGAUAUGAUGUCUGAAUCGGCUGGCACAUCAUUGCCACUUGUUCCAUUUGCUAACGAGGCUUCUCAUAAAAGUUUCCUUGAGAGUAAAAAAGAGGCUACAGAAUGUGACUGGGAAAGUUUGAUAUCAGAUGCCGCUGAUCUGUUAAUUUUUAAUUCUCCCAUUGAUGCAGAUGGUUUUAAGGAACUUUUUCAGAAAUCACCAAACCCUGUUGUAGGAUUUUGCACCUCUUUUAAUGAGGUGCACAAAACGCAAAUAGUCAAUCCCUUUGGUUCUGGUGAACAAAAUGAGAUGGGAGACCCUUCCACUCAACCUGGAGAAACCAUUGAGCUGACACAAAUGGACCCGACACAGGACAAUCUUGCUGCUAACGAGGAUCCAAACAAAUACAUGACUAGUAAUGCUUCUAAGGCUGUUUCUAAUUUGCAUCGUGGCAUGCGAAGGCGCUGUCUUGACUUUGAGAAGGUUGGAAGCCGUAGGAAGAACAUAGAUGAUGGUUCAAGCUCUAGUUCAUUGUUAGUGCAGUUGGAUGAGAAAACUACCCCUAAAAAUACGCAAUUGGUACCUGUUAAGCCCGGUGGUGAUUCUUCAAGAUGCAUUUUACCUGGAAUUGGUUUGCACUUAAAUGCUCUGGCAAUAAAUUCCAAGGAUAGCAAAAAAAUCAAGCUUGAAACUUUCUCUUCUUCCAUUACUUUGCCUGGUUCUGCUGUCUCUUUUAACUCCCGAACAACUGAUCAAGAACUUGAUGAAUCAUUGACCUUAGUGUCUUCUGAAAGAGACAAUGACCCCAAUGAAAAUGUUGUCCCGCUUGUGGAAGAUUUCAGCCAGACUAGCCCAAAAAAGAAGAGGCGUAGGUUGGAAGGAGAACCUGAGGCCUGCAAGCGUUGCAACUGUAAAAAAUCCAAGUGUUUGAAACUUUACUGUGAAUGUUUUGCUGCUGGUGUCUACUGCAUCGAGCCAUGUGCAUGUCAAGAUUGCUUCAACAAGCCUAUUCAUGAAGAUACUGUUCUUGCAACUCGCAAACAGAUCGAGUCUCGCAACCCACUUGCAUUUGCUCCCAAAGUGAUUAGGAGCUCUGAAUCUGCACCUGAAAUUAGGGAUGAGUCCAUCAAAACACCCGCUUCUGCCCGGCAUAAAAGAGGAUGCAACUGCAAGAAAUCAACUUGCUUAAAGAAAUACUGUGAAUGCUAUCAGGGUGGUGUUGGAUGUUCCAUUAACUGCAGAUGUGAAGGAUGCAAGAAUGUAUUUGGAAGAAAGGAUGACUUCCCGAAUUCAGGAGCUGCUUCAAUGGAAAUAGAAGAUGAGCCAGAAGAUGAAACAGAAGCAAGUGUGAAGAAUGGGGUUGAUAAAAUAUUACAGAAAACUGAAAUCCAGAAUAAUGAUGAGCAGAAUCCAAAUUCUGCUCUUCCCACAACACCAUUACGGUUUUGCAGACCACUGGUUCAGUUUUCGUCCAAGGGCAAACCACCAAGAUCCUUUCUUGGCGUUGGAUCAUCUUGUGGAUUAUAUACUGGCCAAAGAAAUGGAAAACCAAAUAUUCUUCGACCUCUAUCUAAGUUUGAGAAACAAUGCCAGAAUGUCCCGGAUGAUGACAUUCCUGAGAUCCUUCGAGAAAACCACUCUCCAAGCUCUGGCAUUAAGACUUCUUCUCCCAACAGCAAGAGAGUCUCUCCUCCUCAAAAUAACUUUGGAUCAUCCCCGGGUCCUCGAAGUGGUCGGAAGUUGAUACUGCAAUCCAUACCCUCAUUUCCUUCUCUCACUCCCCAGCAUUGAAAUGAAUGUUAGCUCGAAUGAAAAUUUUUUAAACCUUUGUAGCGUUGAGAGGCAUGUUAGGUGGUAGUUCUGUCGUAUGUUAGUUUUUCCACUCUGCUUGUAUAACAAAAUGCUAUCUUGUGGUCAUAAAAUCCAACUGCCGUUGUAUAA